AUGUACUCCACCUCCACACCCUUCAGAUGGUCCUACAGCAAAUAUAUGUGUUUUUUCUGUGACAAAGUUUUCAUCAAAAUAUCCGAACUGAAACAGCAUAAUUACGAACAUUUUGAGACAAAAUUGGAUGACGCAUUAAAAUGCAUCAAUACAGAGACGAAAGUAAAAUUGGAAAUCACGGACUUGGCCUGCAAAGCUUGUCCAAAAGAUAUGCAAACAUUAGAUGAUUUUCUAGAUCAUGUCACAAUAACACACAAACAGAACUUUAACAACGCCGUACGUUGUUCCAUCUUCGCUUUUCGAAUUACGGAUUCUGAAGCGCCAUGCCCAGAAUGUCAUCAAAAUUUCACCUUUUUCGGAAAUCUAUUGUCACACGUCUACAAGAAUCACCUAACAUCCGGCCCUUUACUCUGUGACUCAUGUGGCAAGGGCUUUUUGACGAAAUUCAUGUUGAAAAAACAUAUAAAGUUAACGCAUAGUAACACUGAGUACAGCUGCCAAAAGUGCAAUCAAAUAUUCAAGACGCAUGGCGCGUAUUCGUACCACAGACUAUCACACAAGGGCGAAUUCCCUUGUACGCAGUGUUCCGAAAAGUUCCCUUCUUGGUAUCUUCGUAAACGUCACAUUGCAUUCGUCCAUGACAAGUCCUUGCAAAUCUCCUGCGAAUUGUGUUCGAAGAAAUUUGUGAAAUAUAACUCUUUAAAAUGGCAUUUAAUGUCCGUACAUCACAAUGAUAAACCAUUUUCGUGCGAAAUGUGUGACUUUAAGUGCAUAAAUAAGACAUAUUUAAAGCGACACAUGGUAAGCCAUUUGGAUACCAGGCCAUUUCAGUGUCAUAUUUGUGUAAAAUCUUUUCAGCGGAAGGAACAUUUAGAAACACAUGUACGUAUACAUACAAACGAUAAGCGGUUUGUAUGUAAGGAAUGUGGGAAGGGAUUUGUGCAAGUGACCGGUCUCAAAGUACAUGUAAGAGCGCACCAUUCGAAGUCUGAUACAUAA